AUGUACAUCAAUGUGGUCUUUGAAUGGCUUACAAAGGAAAAAAUCAUUUCCUGGGUUAUUGGAAGCAGCACGGUGUCAAGGUAUGCUGGUCAGUACCCAGAUCCUCAUCGCCCUUGUGUCAGUGCUUUCUCAAAAGGACGAGAUGCUGCCAUGGGGACCCCACUCACCAGUGGUGGCCUCGUCUUUUAUAGAUGGAUUCCUCAAAAUCACACUUGCCACCCCUGUCUCCAAAAUUUGGAUCACAGUCUAGAUGCUCCCACCCUUUCUCCUCAAAACUGCCACACCACAGUCUCACCAACCGCCAGGGUGCUCUGCCCUUUCGUGACCAAAUCCCUGAAGCUAGUUUAUAUCGCCACGGGGAAAGAUGGCAGGCUUUUUCCCAUGGUGCAUUUUGCCAGCCACCAGUGGAAGGUGACCUCUGAGGUCACCUUAAUUGGAAAUGAACUAGACCUUGCAUGUGGAGAGAGAAUUCUACUGGAGAAGGUCCUACUGGUUGGGGCAGACAACUUCACACUGCUUGGCAAGCCACUCCUCAGAAAGGAUCUUGUCUGAGUAGAAGCCAUAGUCAUUGAAAAGACAGAAUCAUGGCCAAGAGUCAUUAUGAGAUUUAGGAGAAGAAAAAUCUUCAAGAAGAAAUAAUUCGUUGUGACCCCUCAGACCGUCCUCCGGAUAAACAGCAUUGAGAUUGCUCCGUGUUUGUUGUAA